ACCACGUGUACUGUGUUGUCAAAGCCUCCUGGAGCCCAAUAUCCCGGAAGCUGUGAGUUCUAAAGAAGUUUCUGUACUCGAGGGCCCGGAGUCUGUGAGCCCCCAACCAUGAGCGCCCCAGGCGUGCUCUCCUUUACCCAGCAAGGCUGGGAGCAGGUGCUGGCCAAAGUGAAACGGGCUUUGGUCUAUCUGGACGCCGCCUGCGCUGAGAGCCUGCACUGGGGCUGCGGAUCCACACGACUUCUGGAGGCGGUGGGAGGUCCUGAGUGUCACCUCCGGGAGUUCGAGCCCACCGCAGUUGGCGGUGGAGCCAAGCAGCCUAAGGCGGUGUUCGUGUUGAGCUGCCUGCUGAAAGGCCGGACUGUGGAGACCCUACGAGAUAUCAUCUGUCGCAGUCAGUUCCAGUACUGUGUGGUGGUCACGGCCGUGAACCACGCUGUGCACCUCACCGCUAAUCACGUGCCGGCGGCUGCAGCGGCCGAGCUGGAAGGGCAGCAACCGGUGUUCGAACAACUGGAGGAGAAGCUGUGUGAGUGGAUGGGCAAUAUGAACUACACCGCCGAGGUGCUGCAUGUCCCGCUGCUGCUCGCCCCUGUGGCUCCCCACCUCGCCUUGACUCCAGCCUUUGCCUCCCUUUUUCCACUGCUCCCCCAGGAUGUGCAUCUCCUUAACAGUGCCCGACCUGACAAGAGGAGGCUAGGAAGCCUGAGUGAGGUGGAUGCCACCUCCCUGACCCCUGAGCUGUUUCUGCAGAUCAGGUGCCUGGUGUCAGGCCUCAGUUCUCUGUGUGAGCAUUUAGGGGUGCGGGAGGAGUGUUUUGCUGUAGGCUGCCUCAGUCGGAUCAUCGCUGCAGAUCUGGCUAAUUAUGCCCCUGCCAAGAACAGGAGGAAGACUGCCACAGGCAGGGCAUCAGUGGUCUUUGUGGACAGAACUCUGGAUCUCACGGGCGCAACUGGACAUCAUGGAGACAACUUGGUGGAGAAGAUCAUUUCAGUGCUUCCCCAGCUUCCAGGCCACACCAACGAUGUGACGGUGAACAUGGUGGAGCUUACGGCACUCCAGAAUGAAGAGCAGAAUCGGAGUAUGGUCGCAGCAGGCUGUCUUGCACAAUCCAACGACACAGCAGCCAAAGCCCUGUGGGAAGCCUUACUGAGCACCAAGCACAAAGAGGCAGUGAUGGAAGUCCGGAGACAUCUAGUGGAAGCAGCAAGCAGAGAAAACCUGCCCAUCAAGAUGAGUAUGGGUUCAUGCAGCACGACUUCACCCCUGCCCCAGCAGGGCCUUCCUGUGGCAGCUGCAGAGUCCACUUUGCAGUUCCGCCCCCACAUGCAGAAGCAACUUUAUGGGCCCGCCUCCUCCAGGGUGGCAGCCCAGCCAGGAGUGCUCAGUUCUUAG